UCCGCCGACCGUUAUGGGAUGCUCUCCCUCAAAGCUCGACGGUUUACCAGCCGUCGCUCUAUGCCGUGACCGCUGCAACUCUCUUGAGGAAACACUCCGCCGCAGCUACGCCUUAGCCGACGCUCACUCCGCUUACCUCCUCUCUCUUAACACCGUUGGUCCAGCUCUUCAUAGAUUCUUCGACCAAGCCGUCGAGUCUCCGCCCGAUCCUGAUUCCGAACCUGAAGAGUCAUCUUCCUCAUCUCACUCCGUCACCAGCUCUGAUUCCGAUUUGCCUCCCAAAUUCGACUCGGAUUGCGAAGAAGAAGGCACGACGAAUUGCGAUUUAUUUGGAUGUCCAAAACUCGAAUCCCUAAAUCCAAAUCAUGACUCGUUCUACUCCCGGAGGAGUUACGAGUCCGGAACCAUAACGCCGCCUCCGCCACCGCCGGCGGCGAGUAACUACGCAUGGGAUUUUAUCAAUCUCUUCGAGAGCUAUGAGCUUCCUUACACUACGGAUCCCAAGGAUUUGAAAGACAGAGAGACCACUCGUUGUCAUGAAGAAUAUACUUUGACGAAGAAGACGAUUAAAGCAGAGGAACCGAAACAAAAUCUGAAAAUCUCAGUCAAGAAGAAACCUAAUGAAUCGGAGAAAAAGAGUAGUGGUGUGAAAAAAUCACCAAAGGAUCAAAAAGUUUCAUCAGAUUUCUCUCAAGUCACAAAGCAAUUGGAGGAAAUGUUCAAGGAAGCUUCAGAUUCAGGGAACGAUGUUUCGAAGAUGUUCGACACUUCGAGAUUCAGAUACUACCAGAAAACCUCAGUUUAUCAAAGUGCUCUAUCAGCUUCUUCAAACAUUCUCUACGCCAAGAAGAUGAUGACUCCGUUGGAUCCCAAACCAGUGGAAGAUUUUGGAACUAACUUCAGUAAUCUUUCAUCUACUCUUAAGAAACUAUUCAUGUGGGAGAAGAAACUGUACCAAGAAGUUAAGGCUGAGGAGAAGCUCCGAACAGCUCACAUUAAGAACUACAAACAAUUGAGGAGAUUGGAAGCGAAAUGUGCAGAGCCGAGCAAAAUCGAAGCCGUUCGUUCUUCUAUUCAGUGUCUGUCUACGAGAAUGAGAGUCUCUAUCCAUAAGAUAAACAAUAUAUGUCUGAUGAUUAACAAGUUACGCGAUGAAGAGCUCUGGUCCCAGAUGAAAAAAUUGAUCCACAGGUUGUUUGGUAUGUGGAGCUCGAUGUUAGAAUGUCACAGUAGACAAUCCAGAGUAAUUUCAGAGGCUAAGAAGCUUGACAAGAUGACACUAAAGGAAAAACUAGACAUAUCUCAGCUUGAGCUUGCUAUGGAAUUGAAACUGGAGCUGAGGAACUGGAGCCAAAACCUAUCCAACUGGAUAGAUGCUCAGGCUCAGUAUGUUAAGGCCUUGAACAGUUGGCUAAUGAGAUGUUUGAAGCAAGAACCUCAAGAACCAACACCUGAUCUCUCAGAAGAGCCACCAUUGUUUGGUGCUAUUAACAGUUGGUCACAAACACUUGACAUAUCAGAUGGAGAGAUGAAGUUCACAGAAGCGGUUUACAUGAUUUUGAUGCACGUAAACCGUCAAGUGGGGAAACAGAGGAUGGAAUUAGAAGAGCAACGGAAUGUUAAUGUCAGGGUCAAAGAUAUAGAGAGAAAACUUGUGAUGUUAGAGAAAGAAGAGCUUAAGAUGCAUAGGAAGAUGAAGACACUACCACCUGUUGAAUUAAUGGGCGCUUUAAAUCUGAAGUCUGACAUGGAACAGAUAUUCAAAUCUAUGGAGAAGUUAGCUAUAAACUCGAAACAGACUUACGAGGAACUUGACUUAAUGUGCACGUAAUGUACCCGUUUGUUUAAGUUCUUUUAUUCAUUCUUCUAUCUUUGUUUCACUCCUGUUCUUGGAUGAGUUAUUAAAUUUCAUUAAAAUUUUUGAUUA